GGCGACCGCGGCGGCGCUCUAGCCUUGGCAUGUCUGCGUCUCUACUGCUCUGGGAGGAGGAAGAGAAGGAGGAAGAGGAGGAGGAGGGGGAGGAAGAGGAGAAAGGAGCAGGGGUGGGAGCUGUUGCUGAAGCUGCCACCGCAAAAGUUCUUCCCCCUCCCCCCUUCCCCUCCUCUCAAGGCCCCUAGGAAGGCUGGAGCUGUCGCCGCCUGCAGUCGGUGACCGCGCGACUCGGCGCCUGCCCGCGGAUUGAGGGAGAAACCUGCAGCCUGGAAAUUCAACCAAGUGAUCUGGCGGGAUGGGCAUUUGCCUGACAUACUUUAUAGAGGAAUUGGAUGGCAUAAGUGAUUAAUGUGAUAUUGCGGGUUUCUGGAGCCUUUGAAAGGUGGAAACUCAACCAUGAUUUCUUUUUCAACUCUGCAGCAUUCCCUUCCUUGAAGUCUUCAUUUGUACCUUAGUCUCAGGCAGUUAUACUUAAGCAUGAACAUUGACGACAAACUGGAAGGAUUGUUUCUUAAAUGUGGCGGCAUAGACGAAAUGCAGUCUUCCAGGGCAAUGGUUGUAAUGGGUGGAGUGUCUGGCCAAUCUGCCGUGUCUGGGGAACUGCAGGAGUCAGUGCUUCAAGAUCGGAGUAUACCUCACCAGGAGAUCCUUGCUGCAGAUGAAGUGUUACAAGAAAGUGAAAUGAGACAACAGGAUAUGAUAUCACACGAUGAACUCAUGGUCCAUGAGGAGACAGUGAAAAAUGAUGAAGAGCAGAUGGAGACACAUGAAAGACUUCCUCAAGGACUACAGUAUGCACUUAAUGUCCCUAUAAGUGUAAAGCAGGAAAUUACUUUUACUGAUGUAUCUGAGCAACUGAUGAGAGACAAAAAACAAAUCAGAGAGCCAGUAGACUUACAGAAAAAGAAGAAGAGGAAACAGCGUUCUCCUGCAAAAAUCCUUACAAUAAAUGAGGAUGGAUCACUUGGUUUGAAAACCCCUAAAUCUCAUGUUUGUGAGCACUGCAAUGCUGCCUUUAGAACGAACUAUCACUUACAGAGACAUGUCUUCAUUCAUACAGGCGAAAAACCAUUUCAAUGUAGUCAAUGUGACAUGCGUUUCAUACAGAAGUACCUGCUACAGAGACAUGAGAAGAUUCAUACUGGUGAAAAACCAUUUCGCUGUGAUGAAUGUGGUAUGAGAUUCAUACAAAAAUAUCAUAUGGAAAGGCAUAAGAGAACUCAUAGUGGAGAAAAACCUUACCAGUGUGAAUACUGUUUACAGUAUUUUUCCAGAACAGAUCGUGUAUUGAAACAUAAACGAAUGUGCCAUGAAAAUCAUGACAAGAAACUAAACAGAUGUGCCAUCAAAGGUGGCCUUCUGACAUCUGAGGAAGAUUCUGGCUUUUCUACAUCACCAAAAGAUAACUCACUGCCAAAAAAGAAAAGGCAGAAAACUGAGAAAAAAUCAUCUGGAAUGGACAAAGAGAGUGGUAUAGAUAAAUCUGACCUGAAGAAAGACAAAAAUGAUUACUUGCCUCUUUAUUCAUCAAGUACUAAAGUAAAGGAUGAAUAUAUGGUAGCAGAAUAUGCUGUUGAAAUGCCUCAUUCUUCGGUUGGGGGAUCACAUUUAGAAGAUGCAUCAGGAGAAAUACACCCACCUAAGUUGGUUCUCAAAAAAAUUAAUAGUAAGAGAAGUCUGAAACAGCCACUGGAGCAAAAUCAAACAAUUUCACCUUUAUCCACAUAUGAAGAAAGCAAAGUUUCAAAGUAUGCUUUUGAACUUGUGGAUAAACAAGGUCUGCUGGACUCAGAAGGCAAUGCUGACAUUGAUCAAGUUGAUAAUUUGCAAGAGGGGCCCAGUAAACCAGUGCAUAGUAGUACUAAUUAUGAUGAUGCCAUGCAGUUUUUGAAGAAGAAGCGAUAUCUUCAAGCAGCAAGUAACAACAGUAGGGAGUAUGCACUGAAUGUGGGUACCAUAGCUUCUCAGCCUUCUGUAACACAAGCAGCUGUGGCAAGUGUCAUUGAUGAAAGUACCACAGCAUCCAUAUUGGAUUCACAGGCAUUGAAUGUGGAGAUUAAGAGUAAUCAUGACAAAAAUGUUAUUCCAGAUGAGGUACUGCAGACUCUGUUGGAUCAUUAUUCCCAUAAAGCUAAUGGACAGCACGAGAUAUCAUUCAGUGUUGCUGACACUGAGGUGACUUCUAGCAUAUCAAUAAAUUCUUCAGAAGUACCUGAGGUCACCCAGUCAGAGAAUGUUGGAUCAAGCUCCCAAGCAUCCUCAUCCGAUAAAGCCAACAUGUUGCAAGAAUACUCAAAGUUUUUGCAGCAGGCUUUGGACAGAACUAGCCAAAAUGAUGCCUAUUUGAAUAGCCCGAGCCUUAACUUUGUGACUGAUAACCAGACCCUUCCAAAUCAGCCAGCAUUCUCUUCCAUAGACAAGCAAGUCUAUGCAGCCAUGCCCAUCAAUAGCUUUCGAUCAGGAAUGAAUUCUCCACUAAGAACAACUCCAGAUAAGUCCCACUUUGGACUAAUAGUUGGUGAUUCACAGCACUCAUUUCCCUUUUCAGGUGAUGAGACAAACCAUGCUUCUGCCACAUCAACCCAGGACUUUUUGGAUCAAGUGACUUCUCAAAAGAAAGCUGAGGCUCAGCCUGUCCACCAAGCUUACCAAAUGAGCUCUUUUGAACAGCCCUUCCGUGCUCCGUAUCAUGGCUCAAGAGCUGGAAUAGCUACUCAGUUUAGCACUGCCAAUGGACAGGUGAACCUUCGGGGACCAGGGACAAGUGCUGAAUUUCCAGAAUUUCCCUUGGUGAAUGUAAAUGAUAAUAGAGCUGGGAUGACAUCUUCACCAGAUGCCACAACUGGCCAGACUUUUGGCUAAAAAAAGAAAAUAUGUAAAUAAUACUGGCACUUUAGAACAGAUUAAUCAAGAGUGGGGUUACUCUGUGUAAGAUGGAGUGCUGUACAGAUUUAAGAGCAAUGCGUUAUAACAAGUUAAGCUGAUAUGAAUAGCAAGAUAAUCCAAUUAACUGCAUUUUGUUUGGUUAGUCAGCAUUCUUUGAACUGCCUUACAUGUUGUCACCUUUAUAGAAGCAAUGCAUUACUUGUUUUAGAUCAGAAACUUGCUAUUCUACCUACACCAAGUUAAAAAGGAAAAAAAAAAAAAAGAGAGACGUUCGCACAAUUGUUUCCUAACUGAUAUCGUUGUACAUUCUUAGGAGAUUAGUAAUUGUGUGAAAUUUACUCAUACUGUUUCUGAGUUUUUCAGCGUAGUCAGUGCACUUCAGCAGGGAAUCUGAAUAUACUUUACAGACAGAGUGAACUUAAAAGUUUAAAUGUCAAGAGAUUAUGGCUUAAAUUAAUUAGUGUGUCCUAUAGGGGGGAAAAGAAACCAAGAAACCACCUUUUAAAAAGAAUGAUCUGCCAUAUACCCUUGAUUUUCAUUUUGCAUUAUAUUGAUAUGUGUUUUUUUGAUUGAAAAAAAGUAAUAAAAAUCUGAUAGUCUAAGACUCCACUAUUUAAAAGCCUAAUUACUUUUAAAAUAUGCAUACUUUCAAAACUUUUACCAAAAUACACAGCUGUUGAAGCAUUCACUUCUCUAUGGAAGUAUGCAUAUCGGUGUUAGUUUCUUUGUACAGUUGUACCUAGAUAUUUUUUAUGAUUUUUCAUGUGCAGGUAUCAACGUUUUGAAGUUUUAGUAAAAAAAUAUUCUGUAGAUUACAUUCCCAAGAACAUAAUGCUUACACAAAAUGUAUAUUCCACGUUUUAAAGCUUAAUUGUAUUUUACUUUACAUAUACACUUCAGUUAACAUAGAGCACUUAGAAUCUAUUUGGUAUUUUUGAUUUCUCAAAGUGAAAAAAAAAUUAGAUUUUUAGGUUUGAUAUGGUUGUGUCAUAAUCAUCUCAUAAUUGACUAUUUUAAUUUUGGGCAAUAAAAGGAAAUUGGGUUAUCUUUGGAGCUGUGAAACCUGCUUUAAUCCUUCUCUUUCUAGAAUCUUAAUCGAUUAGAUAAUUAAACAGUAUCCAGAGAAACUAAAGAAAUGGGCAUUUUAAUUGCUUAUUUUAUCUUAAGUUACUUUUUUAAUGAACAUUGCUCAUUACAAUUUUACAAACCAAAAGUGUUUACUAAUUCUAGUAACAACAAUUUAUUUUUCAGCUAGAUGAGUGAUCGGAAACUUUUUGUUGCAUUUCAAAAUCUAAAUAAACUACAGACUUUUAUCCUUAUACCAUGAAUGUUUUUUUUUUUUAAAUACUUUGUCUUAAAAUAAUACAGCAUGGUACAAUAAAUAGUGAUUUUAUAUAUCUAUAUAUAUAUCUAUAUACACUUUUUGGAAGAAUAAUGGAUUGAGUUGCAUAUUGGACAGUUUUGAUUUUUGGGAAAUAACAUUAGUUAUACUAAUUCUGUUACCCUCUUUCAUUUGUUCCAGCUUUUUGGUUUUCUUAUUUAAAAUUUGCACCAUCUUUGUCACAAUGCACAUACUAAAUAUAUAGCACCAGUGAUAAUCUAAAGUUUAAUACUUUCAGAAGAUUAAACUUUAUUGUUGUUAAUUUCCAUUCUAGCCUUUCUAUUGGCCCUAUAAAUAUGUAGUCUUUGUUUCAACAUAAAAUGUGUUAUCCAUUUAAAUUAUUUUUUUUCUUUUAUUUAAUGAUAUCCCAAGACUGUUCUCAUUAAAAAAAAAAGGGGGGGGGGGACAAAGAAAUAUUCACCCUAACAUCCUUCACAUUUAUUUUGAAUAUAUUGGUGUUUUUAUGAUAUGGAAUAUUAUUAUGUUUAAUGUGGUUUCCUCUACACUUUGGUUAUUAAGCUUUGCUUGAAAUACUAGUUUUCCCAUUUGACAGCUUUCUUUGCUGCCAAAUUUUGGAAGGAACUAGACUUCCUUGAAGUAGAUAUUUAAGUUCUGCCAUUAUUGACUUUUAGGGUUGGUAUGUGUUGUGUUGUGCAUCAUGUAAUUGCAAGAAGGCUUCAUUCAGGUGAGAUCUUAAAUGGAACUGUGCUCACACUAGAUAGGCAUUUGCCUUUUUUUAUAGUAUUAGAUAUAGUAGGCAUUUAUUUUCUGAGUUAAAUUUAUUUUUUUCAGCCUGGUCAAAAAUUUUGUUCCAUUGAGAACUUGAUGUAGUUCUUGUUACAGUGUAAAGUUUCUGGUUUGUUUCAAAUCACUAGCACAGUUUUUAGAAUGUGACUCCAUUGCUGGGCAGUUAGGGUAAGCUUAGGAAGGCAGGCCUUGGGAGACAGUAGUUAUGCAAACAGAAAUUCAGGUGUUGCAUUUCUGUCUUCAACACAUUUCUGUAAAUCUACAUAAUGGCAGACUUUUAUACCAAGUUAUAAGCAUUUUUGGGAUAAGUGAUAUUUAGCAGCAUAAAUUAUUAACUUACCAUUUAAGUAUAGUCAUUACUCUUUUACUGUGAAAUUAUAAAUGCCUACCAGAAUUACCUUUAUUAUCAUCACUACGAUAAACAUCUCAAUAGUUUGGGUUUCCCUACUUUGAUUCAGAAUGUUAUUUAAUUUCUGUCUGGGCAUUACUAGAGAAAACAAGCAGUCUUUUGUGCGGCUUUAGUUUGGAACAUUCAGGAUAUGAGAUAUCCUUUUUUGCAGUUUGUGUUUCUCAUUUCUCUCAGCGAGCAAAUUGUUGUAUAAAAACAUGCUCUUAUACCCUUAAACCUUUGAUCAAUAAGAGUGAGGUGUGCUUUUUCACUGAGGACCUAGUCUCAUGUUUGAAGAUUGGAAACAGGUCACCUUAGGUGAGGUAAUACCUCUGGAACAUCUUUUAAAAGUUUUUUGUGUCUUUUUUUCUUAACUCCUUAUUGCACACAUAUUUCAUUUGGUUCAGAAUAUUUGAGUGCCGCUUAAAAUUUUUGGAUCUACAUGCAAAUUUUCUACUUGAUAGAGUAGAAAUCUUUUUAGCCCUAGCUGAGAAUUGGUUGCAGUCCAGUAAUUUUCUCUUUUCAAAAGGUAGAAGAGGCCUUGUGCUCAGGGUAGGUUUCAUUUCCACAAGUGAGAGAAACUUGCAGAAUGCCAGCUAGGUUUGAUCUUUUGUCACUUCUUUAAUUUUAUUUGAGUUUUUAAAGGGCUGUUUAAAAAAAAAAAAAAAAAAGCCGGGAAACUUUUAAAGUAGGCAUUACUAUAGUACUACAUUUCUUAGACUUAAAAGAUUUUAAACUAGAACUCAUUUUUUUUUCCACAGUGUAUUUACUUGAAGAAGCACUAUUAUAGUCAAUGAAAAAAUUUUGAGUCUGCAAUUUAAUUUAAACUUUUUCAGUUUCAAAUUGCUUUAUUUCAGGGAAAUAAUUUUCCAGUUUUUGCUAUAUCUGCAAAUAAAAACCUUAUGUUUCCUUUUUUCACUUAAACUUUGGUAGGAAACAAACUAAAGCAGACAAACAUUUCUUUGUUAUGUUUGUUGCUUUCUUUAAUCCAAUGGAUAAAAAAAGUAAAACCCUGUAAACAUUAUUUUAUUUUUUUAUGCAAUACCAUGCUGUAAAUAUGGUUCAUCAAAUAAGGAUGUACCUAUGAUUGAAUCUUUAAUUCUGCACAGUUAGAGUUUAUAUAUAAACGUGUCUUGACAAUCAAGGACUUUUAUGUGAGUCUUCCUUUACAAUGUUUAUUAAUGUUAUGCAUUCCAUUUGUUUUAAAGUGAGUACCAAUGUGCUAAUUUGUAAUGUCUGAAAGUAUGUAAUGUUUUUACAGCUUGUUUUUAAGAAUCUGUAAAUAUGUACAAACAAAUCACAGUACUGCUUUAUGUUAGAAGGCAUAUGAUGUUGUACUGUAUGUAAGCAAUAAUACAUAGCAGUGCUAACUUUACAAGUAGCAUCAGGAAAGUUCUAAAAACAUUUCAGAGUUAUCAGUUAUCUUUAUUUCAUUUAAUAAUGAUUAUCUUUAAUCAGUUUUUAUAAGCAAAUUCCAUUGUUCCUCCUAUCGGAACGUAACACUGUUUACACAGCAUAAUUGAAGUUGCAGGGGAGACAGGCUAAAUCUGACUUCAUCUGUACUCACUUUCACUAAGCAUUGAAUGGCCUUACCACUCUUCUGCAAGAUGGAGGAAGACCGCAAAACUUAGUGCCCAUCACACUGAAGGAAGGGGUGUGUUGUUUUUGUUUUCUUUCCUGCUUCUGUACUGCUGCCUAAUCUUGCGGUUUGCUUUGGGUUUUAAUAUUUGUUUCUGUUUUAAAUUCACGCCCGUAAGUUUGAGGUGACUUCAGCUCCAUUGUGAAAUAGAUAGCUCUCUUCAUAUUUCAUAACUACAAAUAAUUCUAAACUUUCUAUUUUGAUUUUUAGAUACUUAUUUUUCAAGGUUGAUUUCUCAACUGAGCAGAUGAAUUUGUUCAACUUCAGUACAAAGAAAGACAAACCUAAUGUAGUUGGAAUCGAGUAGAUACUAUACUGUACAAAACAGCUAACUAUUUGAACACUCAUCACUGCUUUAGAAAUAAAACCGCCAAUUUAUAAAUGUAUAUGACCUACAUUUUAUAGGAGAAAUGUUUUUAAAUGCUAGUCAUUUAUAUAAUGUGCUUUUGAAGGAUUUGCUAGUCCACUUCUGUCACUUUUUAGUACACUGGUAUCUUUUAUAUGUAAUGUAUGCUUUUUAUUAUUGUAGCAAAGCAUUUCAGUAGAAAGAAUUUUGCAACAAUAUGGGGAAACUUUUUCAUUGUUGGAUUUGAAUUAUACUGGAUUUUAUCUGUGUAGUCUUGUCUUUCUUUUAAUGCUGUCUGGAAGGGAACUUGGUAUCCAAAUAAAGCAGGUAACCUCAUUUUAUUUCAAGGGCAUACUGUGUAGUGCUGAAUUUAAUCUGGAAAUCUGAUGAUUUUGAAAAGAAAAAGUUUAUAAAAAUUGUACAGAAGAAAUUAAAUGUGUGAUGGAAAUCCUGAUGAUGGAGCACGUUGACUUUUCUGAUAUAUAGUGUUAUUUUCUUGGGAUCCCCUAUGCCUUCUUUGUAUUUCAGCCAAUAAAAGAAAAAUCCUGUCAUUGAAACUGGUAGGAUAAGAGGAUAUUCUGAUGAUACAGUAUUACUUUUCCUAUCCCAUCAUCUGACCCUUUCUCAAUCACUGUAAAUUUUUAUUUUCUAUUUCCUAUUGAUAAUUAAACGUGUACAUAAUAUAGAUGCUGUUGUAUAGAACUGAAUGAAUUUGGUUGCUAUGCUUGAAUGAGUAACUAAGCAGAAAUAUUUUAUGGAUACUGAGAAUUCAUAAAAUGCCAGAGCAAAUUUACAUGGGAAAAGGAGGGACAUUGUGUGUCUUGAGAAGGUGACGGCAGAUUGUUUCUUCAAUCCCCUAGGAUGUCAGUGUGAACGAAUUAACUGCAAACUGAAUACCAGAAACAGAGUGGGUUUUUCCUUCCCCUUGCCUCCCCAGAAAUAUGCGCACGAAAUUUCAAAAUCUCAGGUGAAAAAUUGCUUUGCAAUGAAUCUUAUCAAAUUGAAAUUUUCAUUGUUAAAUAACAAGAUAUUUGUGGUAUUUUUCAAUAAAAACUUUCACAUUAGUAGUCGACAGCCUGACAGUUGAAAUUUGGUAAGUCAAUAUAUUUUAAAAUAUAUUUUGCCUUCCAUAUAGAAUUGUUUUUAAACAAUUGGGAGGAGGUUUUUUUUUUUAAUGCAUUUUUAUUAUCAUUGUAAAAAUAAAGUCUUGCUUGAACCCCGUAUUAUGCCAUGAAUGGAAUGAAUUGCUGAACCUUUCCAAUCCAAUGAAAGAUUAUUCCAUGCACUGUCAUGGGACAUGAAAAUGUUCUCUCAACUGACCUAUUCAUUAAGAGGUUUAAUAACGUUCACAGCUUCUGACAUUACUGUUUUCAUAUAGUUAAUCUUGCCAUUUGGAGUUUAUAAUACCAUUUAUGUGUUGUGAUACUAAAGGAAGUUGUUUUGCUUUAUUUUUAAUUGAAUUUUAGAAUAAUUUAUAUUUGCAAAUUCUGCAUUUUAAAUGUGGACACUGGCUGUUUGAAAAAUAAAAAAUACAGAAUACAGUUUUUUGAAUAAUUUCCCAGAUGUAUUUUUAACAAUAUUCUGAACCAAAUAACUAAUAGUAGAUAUGCAAAAAACAUGGUGGGUAAAUGAUUUAGUAUUAACAGAGAAAAGGAUGUUUGUAUGGAAUAAACAGUUUGUCACACAAGUUAGGUGCAGUUAGCAGGACUUUGUGUGGAGUGUGAUUUAUCAGACGGUUCUAAAAUGCAGGAGGCCAAUAUUACUGUUACUGAGUAUUUUAGGCCUGAAAUGUGUUUAACAUAGAGCUAAGAAUAUAUGUGGUUCAUUCUUUAUGGAUAAGAUUCUAUUAACUCAUCAUCAAUAGGAAGCAUACUUGAGAUUUUUAAAAAUUAUUAGUGGAAGUAGAUUUGUUUUCAUCCAUUUACCACCUUGCCAGUCCCCUAAUUUGUGACUAGUGGCAAUUGCAUUGCUGGCAAACUGCAGGUAGGAGUGCAGUCUGGGUCCAUGGAAUGAAUUAAAACUAAUUGUCCCGUGUGGAGAUUAAUCCUAGGACCUUGGCCUUAUUAAUACGGUGCUUUAAACAAUUGUACAUAAUAAUAUCACUGAUAUUCUACUAAUGCAUCCGGGAUCCCAGUCUAUUGAAUGGUUAGGAAUGGUGGGAGAGGGGUGGGCAGAUAUUCUACACGAUACUUCUACCUUCUGAAUGAGAAGAUAAAAGAAAAAAUAAAAAAUUGAAAUCUCUU